CAUCCCCCAGCCACGGCAUCUCUAUUUAGGGCUGGAGUCUGAGACCAGACGGACGUCAUUGGAGACAGACCAGGGCAGGCGCUAUAGGGUGCUCAGUGUGGAACGGGGAACCAGGACCUGGCCAGAUGGCUCUCCACGUGGACUCCUCACUAAUCCCAGGGAUGUGCUGAGUGCUCCAGCAAAAGGUUCCUGCUCCUUUUAGCCUGGCCCGGUCCUGAAGGGGCUCCCCUCCCCACCAGGCAGUUCCCUGUCCUGCAGCCUCCUUCCUUCUUUCUCUUGGACAUGGACCUGCCCAGAGGGGUGGGCAAUCGCAGUGAAUGCUGACAGAGAUUGGAGUCCAGGUCCUUGAAUGCAAGGCAGCAAGGCUGACUUUUUCAACUUGCAACCCAAAACACCCCUGCUCUCUUAUCAUUCUCCUCCAACAGAUGAGGUCUCUGCCCAGAGCGCCUAUGACAAUGUAUUGGUGGCUUUGCGUGGUGCUCUUCUCAGCAGUAUGUCCCAGCUCCGGUGGAGUCUCCCUCUCCAGUUCCCAGCAGCCAGUGGUGGGGGUGUUUGGCCAGGACAUUGUCUUGCCCUGCCAGUUCUCACCCUCUGUCCGCUUACGUGACAUGGAGCUCCUCUGGAGGAAAGAUGAAUCCGAAUAUAUCAUUAUUCACAGUUACAUGGACAAAGGAAGCCAGGAGCGGUCAGGGAAAGGCUACGAGGGCCGGACAGAGUUGUUCCCCCAUGAGUUCAUCAGGGGAAACCUCUCUCUGAAGCUGAAGAGCCUGAGGGUGAAGGAAGCUGGAAAUUACCAGUGCUUUGUCAGAAGUGCAGAAGGAAGCUACGAGGCCCUCACUGAGCUCCAGAUAGAAGCUACUGCACCUGUGCACAUUUCUCUGACGGGACCUGAGGGAUCAGGGCUGGGGCUGUCCUGCAAAUCCACUGGAUGGUUCCCCGAGCCAACGGUCCGCUGGCUCAGGCUGGAUGGGCAGGCCCUGGCAAUGCAGCCAGUGACCACCAUCACGCAGGACCAGCAGAAGCUCUACACUGUGCAGAGCCACAUCACU